ACUUAUCGUCUAUUCAAUAAUCUCAUCAAAAUCUGUGUUAAGGAUUUCCAUGAAUCAUUCAGAAUUAUGAUAUUUGAGUAAAAGUCUAAAUAGUGGUGAAAGUUGUUCUGUCACUUGAAAUUCUUGACAUUUGUCACAAUACUCUUUAAAAUGUCCCAAGUGAUGAAAUUUUUGUAGCUACUUCCUAUAUAACAUACCAUGUUCCAGUAAAUUAGGUUAUCAAAAGCGUAAAAUAUGGAUAAAGAUACUUUAGCAAAUACACAUAAAGUUAACAAUAAAAAGGAGAAAAUUGUUAAAAAAGAGACAUUUAGAAAGCAUAAAUUGAAUAGUCUAAAAGCACGGAUUCAGAAAAAGGUUGAAUUGAAACAAAAACCAAACAUUUUGAAAGAAUCUUCCAAUAAAAUUAAUGAGAAAGUAACCAGCGAAUCAACAAAAAUACAAAAAAAACAAGCUCCUCUCAAGAAAUUUCUUCAGGGGAACGUCUUCAAAUGUACGCAUGCAAAAACUGAAAAAGGUAAAACAUUGUUAACUUUACAACCGUUAAUGUACAAUGUCGAGGAAGGUAGAAUCAAACUUAUGGGCGUUAUCGUCAAUGGUCCAAAAAAGAUUAAAAAGAAAAAACAGAAAGUAGAUGGAACGGACGAAUAUAUAUUACCUCUGUCUGAUGCUGUAAAAUCCAAGGAGAAAUCGGGGAAAGUUUCGACAAGCAAAGGAACAAAAGAAAAAUCUUCCACCGAACAGAAAUCGAAAAGGUCUACAGGAAUUACAAAAAAGACCGAUCAAAUGAUGAAAGUAAUUAAUAACAAGAUAAUUGGACAAAGGAAAAUUGGAAACCGUUGAAUAAUUUAUUCUGUACUAAUCAUUGUUAAUAAAACGUUUUUUUGAAAUAUAUAAA